AUGAAAGGAACUAUUAUUAAUAUAGAGCAAGAGCUUGAAUAAUUGCAAAACGAUGAGCGCUUAGUUAAUAGGUAUCUCCUGGAGAAAUACCCAUUAAUAUCUAAUUAUAGAUUGAGAAGUAUAGAGAGGUUUUUUAAAAUAGGAGCUAUUUUAAUCUAAAGUUUAAUUGUGCUCUCUUAAAUGGACAAUAAUUUUUGCCAAAAUUAAGACUUAGAAGAAAGUAGAUCUAAAUAAAAUUCAUCAACAUAGAGUAGCUCAAUUUAUGAUUGCUAUUUAUAAAAAACUAAAAAUUUAAGCAUUAUUUCAAGUAUUCUCUUAAUGAUUAUUGGAUUUUGGCUCUUUCUAACAAAGUACAUGAAAAGAAAAUUUUUUCAUAAAAUUGGAGUGCAAGCAGCUUUCUUGGCUCUAGUUAUAUUAACACAAGUAGUAACUUUGGAAAUCUACAUUUUUAAUAUUGUUUCAUACUUCUGGUGCUUUCUUCUAUCUAUUCACUUAGUCCUACUUAUAGAUUAAUAUAUAAAGUAAUUAAAAUUAGGACUCUUUGGAUAAAUUAUUGCUGUGGUAUACAUGUAAGUGAGGUUUUAUAUAUAAUAUAAUGUUCAUUAUUCGUAGUUUAUAGUAGGAGGACUUCUGUUUACACUAUUAAUACUCUAAACAUUCUCAAACAAGGUUCUUUACAGAAACAAAAUUUAAAUACUCUAAAUGACACGCAAUUAGUUAAAUUCAGUAAGAUAAUUUUAUAAUGAUUUGCUAGCCUUAAUUCCUUAGGGAUUAACACUUUUAGACAGUAAUUAAAACAUUAUUUAUGCUAAUAGCAGAGUGACUGAGAUACUACAAUGCUAAGAAGAAGAAAUAUUUUCUAUUUUAAUGAAUCUAUCAAACAAUAAUGCUCAAAAGUAAUCCACCUUUUUAGAUCAAGAUAUGUAAACUCGCCAAACUCGUCAAAUAAGUGCUUCACUUAAUGCUGGUUUAGCAGAGGCAAAUUAGUAGAAUGGUUAGUAGAUCGAUAAUUCUUAAAAUUCUAAUUCAAUUAAAAUACAUUCUCAAGCAUCAAAAUAAUUUAAUAGUUAUCAAAUUGAUGAAAACUAAUAAUUAAAUUCUUAAGGAGCAAGUGCAACUAUAAAUGCAUUAACCUUAUAACAAAAGAGGAAUAAGCUGUUUAAUAACUUGGAAGAAUAGAAUUCAAUUUAACUUUCUAAAAAAUACUUUACUUAGAGUAGUCAAUAAAAUUAUAAAUUGAAGGAUUAAAUAUCAAUAAAAGAAGAUUAAUCAAAUACAGGAUCAUAUAACUGUAUUAUUUAGCAAGCAAAUAGUAUUAUUUAACAAGAAUCCUAAUUAUCCGAGAGAGAUUUAAAAGUAGAAGUGGUUGACGAAGCCAAAUACCAAGUAAAUAACAAAUACCCAAAUUAAAAGCAGACAUAAUAUGCUCAAAGUAAAUUUGGAACUCAUUUCUAAAGAAAUUAACAGUAAAACUAGCAUUCAGAAAUACUUGAUGAUCCUUAGUAUACUUUGGGUUAAGAAGAAACGAGUUAUGCAAAUAAAGAGAUGACUUUUGGGAAAGACUCUUCUAAAUACAAUUAUUUAGAAUAAUCAAAAGAAUAAAUGUAUGCUAAAAAUAUAAGUUUAGAUCAAUAACAUUCAAUUAAUUCCUCAAAAUCUGGAUAAAAAUUAAAGGAGAUCAAAUCAUAGCAUAGCUAAUACGAUGACUUAAAAGCAGAUGAGAGAUCUAUUUUAGAUUAAUUACAGUUAAAAGAAAAUACCAGCAAGUAAACAACAUCUAGCUAAGUAUAAGUCUCAGUGUUUAAUCCAAAUUAUUAACCUGAUAAUUCUAUGAGAAAUGAAUUCAAUUAAAGCUCUUAAAUCUUUGAUAAGACUGAUUAAAAUGAUUUGUCAUAUUAUUCACCAAUUUACGGUGGUUAAGGAGAAAAAUCUAUGUAAUGUGAUAUCUCAACUCUACCUUUUCAAACAACGGAUAGAAAGAGUCUGUUCUUUAAUUUAGAAGAAAACAAUGAGUUUGAAUAGUAGUUCUUUAAAGAACAGGUUGCUAGCGAGAACAAAAGUAACUCUUAUAAACUCCCCUCUGAUUCUGAAAAUAAAUCAAAAACAGAAACUUCAUUCUAAUAAAACAAUUAUAAAUCUUAAAAUACUUAUGAAGCUUUAAGAAAAGAAACAAGUCUUAAAUUAUAGCAACAUAAUUAGCAUAAAGAAAUUGUUAAAGAAUUUUCUUUUCUAUCUACUUAGUAAGUGAAUAUUCCUACUAGUUAAUAAAUUAAUUCACCAAGUAAGGUUUGUUAUAAUUCAAAUAAUGCUUUAGGUCCAUAUCAUAGUGCUGCAUUUCCUUCAAUAUUUAAUGUUGAAGAGGUAAAAAACUAAGAAACUGAUCAUUCUAUUUACAAAGACCAAAAAUUAGCACAUUAGUCAAAUGAAAAUUGCUUUAAUUUUAAUUAAGACACCCUUUCAUUUCGAAGUUUGGAUUUAAGGCAAGACAUUGAAUAUUUAAAAAAAUCAAAGCAGAAUUUCUUUUUAUAAGAAAAUGAUGCCAUUUAAUAAUUUAAUAAUAGUAAUAACGAAUAACUGACAGAAUAGGAAGUUGCUGUUUUACAACAAUAAAAUAUGCUUUUGCAAAAAGAAAUUUCAAAAAGAAAUAAACUUGAAAACAAUAUUGUUGAAGAGGAUUGCUUUACAGAAUGCAGAAAGUAAAUUUAAGAAAGAUCAAUAAAUAAACGUUAAUCUAGAUUAGAAAAAACUGUAAAGACUUUAGAAGUACAAGAUUUACCUAAAUAUAAUGAAGAUAAAUAACAGCAACCUAGCUAUUUCAAAUAAACUGAAAAGAAUUUAACAAUCAGUUAAUCGUAAAAGUAAGAAAAUGGUAGUCAAAGCACAAAAACAUAAAAAGAAAACAGCAAGAGAGAAAAAAAAUCAAACAAAGGUAAAGCUCUUUCUCCUUAACUUAAAUCAAGUAAAGAUAAGAAUUUUAACAAUUAAUCUUUAUCGAAAGCAUACACUUCUCAUAAUAUUAUUUCCAAUCAGAAACCUCUAGAUUCUUUGGUCAGCUAGAUUAAUAGACCAAAGGGUGAGAAUAAUAUUAUGAGUUAAUUUAACCCAAUAGAAGGAGAGAGUAUGACUCUAAAGAAAUAUGUUAUUAGCCAAAAGGAAAGUAAUGAUUCUGCUUAUAAGAGUAUAUUUUAACCCAAAAUUAUUAAGAAAGAAACUAAAGUAAAAAAUAUUUUGUCAAAGCUUCUCACUUUAAAUAAGCCAGAUUAAAGAGAGCCUGACACUCAAUCUGAAGUUUCAUAGAUAACUAAGUUGGAAUAACAUAAUUAAGAAGAUAUCACUAAAAACCAAAUUUCUAAUAACUAUUUGAAAAUAUAAGAACCAGAUGAAUAAGAUAUAGUGUCUUGUAUGACAAGCUUAAAGUAAAAUUAAAAUUAAAUUUUAUCUCUAGAUACACCUUAACUUCCCAGAUCUAAAACAGAGUAUAAUUUUAAGUACAAAGGUGAUGUUUAAAGCAAUGCUUCUAAUAUUGAUCAAACUACUCCAACCAAAAAUUACUCUAAUAACUAUAUUGCAGUCGAUUCUGAUUAAAGUAAACUGGACUAAAAAGUUAACUUUUUGGAAAUAGCUAAAGCUACUAAAAAUAAUACCUACAAAAAAGCAAAGUCUCCAACCAUUGGUGGUAAUAUGAGUUUUAGUAAAAGUUUCUUACCGAGCUUAAAACCGAAAAAUCAGAAUUAACAUGAUUUAAGACAGUCUUUUAACAGGAACAAAGGAAGAAAGGAAUCUUUUUUCAACUAGUUUAACAAAGAAGCCAACAUAGGCAAUUUAUUAAUUAAUUUAUUAUUUUUAAAAUGA